UCUGCUGGGAGAGGAGAAAAGAGAGGAUGUCUGGACUCCCACAGUAUGGAAAGGGAGUCAAACUCCAGUCUUUGAGUCCUGAUUCCUCUCGCAGACCGAAUUACCUCGGGCACAGUACUUGGAGACUGUGGUGAAACGGUAGAGCACAGCUCAACAGGAAAGGUGGUGUUAAGACAUCAUGGCUUUGGUAUUUGAUGCUCUGGGCAAAGACUUGCAAGACCAGGAAAAGAAAAUUACCUGAGAAAAUGGCCAAAAUGGAGGUCAAGACGUCACUUUUAGAUGACAUGAUAGGGGUGGGAGAUAUGGUUCUUUUAGAGCCACUUAAUGAAGAUUCGUUCAUCGAUAAUCUGAAAAAGCGCUUUGAUCACAGUGAAGUAUAUACGUACAUUGGCAGUGUGGUGAUAUCAAUAAACCCCUACAGACCUCUACCCAUUUAUACUCCAGAGAAAGUUGAAGAAUACAGAAACCGAAACUUUUAUGAGCUCAGCCCCCACAUCUUUGCUCUGUCAGAUGAAGCAUACAGAUCUUUAAGGGACCAGGACAAAGACCAGUGUAUUCUUAUUACAGGAGAGAGUGGAGCUGGUAAAACAGAGGCAAGCAAACUUGUCAUGUCAUAUGUAGCUGCAGUGUGUGGCAAGGGGGCAGAGGUUAACCAGGUAAAAGAACAACUUCUGCAGUCAAAUCCAGUUCUUGAAGCUUUUGGAAAUGCCAAAACAGUGAGGAAUGACAACUCCUCUAGAUUUGGAAAAUACAUGGAUAUUGAGUUUGAUUUCAAGGGUGAUCCACUUGGAGGAGUUAUAAGUAACUAUCUGCUAGAGAAGUCCCGGGUUGUUAAGCAGCCAAGAGGUGAAAGAAACUUUCAUAUUUUCUAUCAGAUAUUGUCUGGUGCAUCAGAAGACUUCCUCUGCAAACUCAAGCUGGAGCGGGACUUCAGCAGAUACAACUACCUGGGCCUUGACUCUGCCAGAGUAAAUGGGGUGGAUGAUGCUGCAAACUUCAGAACAGUUAGGAAUGCCAUGCAGAUUGUUGGUUUUAUGGAUCAUGAAACUCAGUCUGUUUUUGAAGUGGUGGCAGCAGUUUUAAAAUUGGGAAAUAUUGAAUUUAAGCCUGAAUCUCGUGUCAAUGGCUUAGAUGAAAGUAAAAUCAAAGAUAAAAAUGAGCUCAAGGAAAUCUGCGAGUUGACAGGUAUAGACCAGUCGGUACUGGAGAGAGCUUUCAGCUUCCGGACAGUUGAAGCCAAGCAAGAAAAAGUUUCAACAACACUGAAUGUGGCUCAGGCUUAUUAUGCCCGUGAUGCUCUGGCUAAGAAUUUAUACAGUCGGCUCUUUUCUUGGCUUGUUACCAGAAUCAAUGAGAGCAUUAAGGCACAAACUAAAGUGAGAAAGAAGGUAAUGGGUGUGCUGGACAUCUAUGGCUUUGAAAUUUUUGAGGACAACAGCUUUGAGCAAUUCAUUAUCAACUACUGUAAUGAGAAGCUGCAGCAGAUCUUCAUUGAACUUACCCUCAAAGAAGAGCAGGAGGAGUACAUCCGAGAGGGAAUUGAGUGGACUCAUAUUGAGUAUUUCAACAACGCUAUAAUUUGUGACCUAAUAGAAAAUAACCAAACUGGAAUUCUGGCCAUGCUAGACGAGGAGUGCCUGAGGCCGGGAACUGUUACUGAUGACACCUUUUUAGAAAAGCUGAACCAAGUCUGUGCCACUCACCAGCAUUUUGAGAGCAGGAUGAGCAAGUGCUCCCGGUUCCUCAAUGACACCUCCUUGCCUCACAGCUGCUUCAGGAUUCAGCAUUAUGCUGGCAAGGUUAUGUAUCAGGUGGAAGGAUUCGUUGACAAAAAUAACGAUCUUCUGUACCGUGACCUCUCCCAGGCCAUGUGGAAGGCCAGUCACUCUCUUAUCAAAGCGUUGUUCCCCGAAGGUAACCCCGCCAAGAUCAAUCUAAAGAGACCACCGACGGCAGGGUCACAGUUCAAGGCAUCGGUAGCUACCUUGAUGAAGAAUCUUCAGACAAAAAAUCCAAACUACAUUAGGUGCAUCAAACCCAAUGACAAGAAGGCUGCCCACAUUUUCAAUGAUGCCCUGGUGUGCCACCAGAUCCGCUACCUCGGUCUUCUGGAGAAUGUCCGGGUCAGGAGGGCAGGUUAUGCAUUCAGGCAGGCAUAUGAGCCGUGCCUGGAAAGGUACAAAAUGCUCUGUAAGCAGACUUGGCCCCACUGGAGAGGGCCAGCCAGGGCUGGUGUAGAGGUAUUGUUUAACAAACUGGAAAUCCCUGAAGAAGAAUUUUCAUUUGGUAGAUCAAAGAUAUUCAUCCGCAACCCAAGAACGCUCUUCAAACUAGAAGAUUUGAGAAAGCAGCGAUUGGAGGACCUGGCUACUCUCAUCGAGAAAAUUUACAGAGGUUGGAAGUGUCGCACACGCUUCUUGUUAAUGAAAAAAAGCCAGAUUGUGAUUGCUGCCUGGUACAGGAGAUAUGCACAACAAAAGAAGUAUCAGAAGAUAAAGAGUUCAGCUAUUAUAGUACAAUCUUACAUCAGAGGGUGGAAGGCUCGGAAACUUCUUCGGGAGCUUAAGCAUCAGAAGCGUUGUAAUGAGGCUGCCACAAUAAUUGCCGCUUACUGGCAUGGUACCCAGGCUCGAAGGGAAUUGAAACGCUUGAAGGAAGAGGCUAGGCGUAAGCAUGCUGUUGCAGUCAUUUGGGCUUACUGGCUUGGACUGAAGGUCCGUAGAGAGUACAGGAAAUUCUUCAGAGCCAAUGCUGGAAGAAAAAUUUAUGAAUUCACCCUUCAGAGACUUAUGCAGAAAUACUUCUUGGAAAUGAAGAAUAAGAUGCCUUCUUUAUCGCCAAUAGAUAAAAACUGGCCAGCGAGACCUUACCUUUUCUUGGAUUCAACUCACAAGGAACUAAAGAGGAUUUUCCAUUUGUGGAGGUGUAAGAAGUACAGAGACCAGUUCACCGAUCAACAGAAGCUUAUAUAUGAAGAAAAACUGGAAGCAAGUGAACUUUUCAAGGACAAGAAGGCUUUAUAUCCAGCCAGUGUUGGGCAGCCGUUUCAAGGGGCUUACCUGGAGAUCAGCAAGAACCCCAAGUACAAAAAACUUAAGGAUGCUGUGGAUGAGAAGAUCAUUAUUGCUGAAGUUGUGAAUAAGAUCAAUAGAGCUAACGGGAAGGCUACAUCCAGGAUUUUCUUAUUAACCAAAAAUAAUGUUCUCCUUGCGGAUCAGAAGUCUGGGAAUAUCAAGUCAGAGGUUCCACUGGGAGAUGUUACCAAAGUGUCCAUGAGCUCCCAGAAUGAUGGCUUCUUUGCAGUGCACCUCAAGGAGGGUUCAGGAGCAGCUGUUAAAGGGGAUUUUCUGUUGAGCAGUGAUCACCUUAUUGAAAUGGCCACUAAACUUUACCGCACUACUCUCAGCCAAACCAAGCAGAAGCUCAACAUUGAGAUUUCUGAUGAGUUUCUGGUCCAGUUCAGACAAGACAAAGUGUGUGUGAAGUUCAUACAAGGCAGCCAGAAAAAUGGCAACAUCCCAACUUGCAAACGAAAAAACAAUCGUCUUCUUGAAGUGGCUGUCCCGUAACUGCAGCUGGUGCCUCUCCCUUUCAUGGACUUGUUUCUUUGUAAUAGUGCAAUUUUAGUUUGGUUUUGCUGGUUUUACCCCUUUCUAGAGCUGUUGAUGGCUAAUAGCUUUGGAAACCCUUGGCAAAACAUUUGAUCAGUUGACUUUUUAACCGUUUCCUUUGUGCCAUAGUUUUAACCUUCAACACGCAGAUUUUUACCCAGUGGGGCAUUUUUACCAGUUGGCACGUUUUCUGUCAUACAUGAAUCAUUCUCUUUGUUUAGUGGCCAUAUUUUACUGCAGCAUACCAUAAACCCACAUAUUAAUGGUAAAUUACUCAUAUUCCUUAGUCUAGAGAUCCACUUAACAGAAACUAUAUGUGACCUUGAUGCUUAGUGGCAACUUGUGCCCUAUGUCUUUUUAUGCCAGCCUACCUGCUCUGGUGCUCUGACGCGCUCCUCCUUUGCUGGAGAGACUGGCAGAGCUGAGACUGAGACACUAACCAUUGUAGUUAACUCUAGGACUUACGUAACUUGAUCCUUUAGUAAAUACAGCACGGGAACACCUAAUUCUGCAAAACAGAAGGAACAUAUAAUUGUACAAGCAGUUGUAUGGAUAAAUUUUUAAUUAAAAAAAUGUGGAAAUUUGGAAACGGGAUUUUUAAUUGGGUCAGAUAUUUUUAAUAACUUUAUAAAGUAGAAAUAAGAAUAAAUUUAAAGAAGCUUAUUUCAUUCACAAAAGAUAUACAGUUUAAAGCAUAUUUUCUGUUCUGCUUUUUUCUUUAAAUUAUCAGUUAAGAUUAGAGCCUGAAAAAUGCAGUAGUAUUCAUAACACAAGUAACUGCUAGUUAUUUAAACCGUUAGUUAUCAAGCGAAGGGUUUGAGCCUUUCUUUUAGAUAUUGGCAUGUACAAUGUGCAAUAAAACAUACAUGACAUUUUGUGAAAAAUUAUUUAUAAUACAUUUUUGUGUGCAAGAGAGAGGAUUGGUGCAGCCUGCACAGACAACGUAGAGGUUGAAAUAGAUUUGUGUUGUUAAUUUGCAGUUUUUUAGAGUGUACACUACAGUUGUCAAUUUGGGAAGAAUACUUCAAAUUAAAAAUUCCUGAAUUUGGGGGUCUGUAUAUAAAUUGGUAUUAUGGUAAUAAAACUGUUUUAAUUCUGUGCUGUUUGGUACUCCUAUGUUAUAACCAUAUUUUUGUACUCCAAACUAUUUUAUAUAACUCGUGUGCCUGAUGUAAAUGUGUGCACAGAAAAUACAAUCCAAGAGCUGCAUUAUAAACUUUCAUUGUAACUGAUUGCACUUAAUCUUUUAUAAACCAGAAGCAUUAGUUGAAAUCCUUAAGAGGAGCUGCAUUUUUAAGACAGAAGUAACUACUCACGUGAAGGGGUUGCUGAAUGUGUUUGCUUUGUUGAUGCAAGGACAGCUGAGAAACCAUUGUGUUUUUGCAGUCUGAUAUAAGACAGAUGAAGACCCUGGGUACUUGAUGUGCAGUGCUGGAAGUCCAAGCAUAAAUAAAGAAAAGAUAAAGAAAAGUUCAGAGUCUCGUUACUCUUCCGAUGGUGAAGUUAUGUAGUACUAAUGCCUGUGAAGGCUCCUCUGGGUAGUUCACCGUUAAUGUUGGCUCUCCAGGUUAAAACUGUGUGUACAGAAGCUGAUGUUCUAAUGCUAAUGGUGGCCUCCUUAUCAAUCUGGAAAAAAAAAAAAGGAGCUGUUUUGGGUAAUAUUGGGUCUUACUUUGAGAUUAAACUAGAUGGUUUUGCUAUGAUUUGGAUACAAAACAAUUGCUUUAACUGGUUGCUUAAUUCUGCUGUUAGAAGUCCAUGCAGGUGACCUUGAAAGGUGGGAGUAACCAAACUAUGACAAAAAGUUACUUCAUUGUGAUCCAAGUUUAACCUCCCCCCCCUUUUUUUUAUUAAUAACUAAGUGAGAUUUAUAGUUUAGUAAAAUAUAAAGCAUUUUAGAUGUUUUGUAAUUAGAGAUGCUUACAAAGGAAAUCUUAGUAUCAAUUUAUAAUGCAAAAUUAGGAUACCUCAAAGUAAUUAUUCCAUUGCCUUAAGAAGACAACACACAACUCCUAAAUUUAAAACUAAAACCUGAGUGUUAGCAUUCCUUCCUGGUAAGGACUGGAGGGUUUGUAAAACUGUUCGGUACCUUGAAAACCUUACAAUAAGAACCACAUGGAGCAUGUUUUAAAAAUGAAUACAAGUAGAGGAAAGCAAACAUUUGAAUGACGGCUGAUGUAAUCCUGUAGUUGUUUGCAGGUAGGAAAUGAGAGAUUAAGUACAUUUGAAUGUUUGUCCAAUGAAAUUUAGGAUAUUUCAGGGUAAUAUUAGGAUAUUUGACUCAUGAAAUUAACUCCAUCACAGCCAGACCCAGUACACAUGCCUUUUAUUUUGUUGAUCUUUGCAGCAAGUGGUGAUAGCCAUACUAGCAUAACACUGGAAGAAUGGCAAAUUCCUCACUUUGAUGUCUGUUGUUUCACUUCUUUUUCUGGAACAUUACCAUUUUUGCCUUGCAUAUUAGUUCAUAUGUUGUGAUAGCUACCGUUUGACACCUACGCAGUUCUUAAUGUACAGAGUGAGUUUUGCUGAACAUGAAUUAUUUAGAUAUGCUAGUUGAGUCAUGGUGUUUUGAUGUUUAGAUUUAAAUAGCUAGGAUGUUGAAAAUAAAAAUGUGUGGUCAGCUAGUUUUUUCUUUUCCUCUGUAUUCUUUUAUAACCUUCUAUCAAAUGAAAUUGUAAAGAGAAAACAACUACUCCUAUGGUGCUAACCUUAUGCAUCCUUUUACUUGUAAAUUUUCAUUUGUCAUCUGAAAGCGGGGCAAGGAUCAUUUAAAAAAAAUGUUUCUUGCAAUUUUCCAGAAUCAAAUAAAAAUUCUGUUCCUA